AUGAAUUGUAUGCAAUAUGAGAUGAGUGGUACUAUAAGUGAGAGCGAGGAUGACAUGCUCUCCAAUAAUCGGAUUGAGUUACCAUUAGGUGAGGAAGGCAAUUAUGGUGGAAGUGCAAGUGGGGGAGUUGUUCUUCGAAAGUGGUUGUGGACUUAUUUUGAAGAUGGAAUUUUGAUAGAAUAUGUGAAGAAGAAUGGGGAAAGGAAUUAG